AUGCCCCAGGGGAGUAUUCACUGGCAAGGGACUGAAAGGAGAGCCUGCGGUCCUGGUGCGCAGUGGAAUGUUCAGGUUGUACGUGGUAAAGUGACCACAAGAUGUCUGUGGCACGCUUGUAGAGCUUUGGGAAUUGGAUUACUGCUGAUGCUUUUAGGAGCUUGUAUGGCAACUAUCGGCUACUACGCAGAUCAGUUAUCCGUAGCGCAAGAGAUUAGAGGUAACAUGACGGUAAGAGUGAAGAAUGAAUCAAGAGGGUUUCAUCUCAAUAAUCUCAGUUACGCUGGACCUAUUGUUAUGGGAGUUGGUGGUUUUAUAGUAGUGGCAGCAUGUGUGAUGACCUUUGAAGCUCGUGAUAGCGCAGCAAAAGUUGUGCCGGCGCGAUAUCGCUUCAAUCAAAGUUCCUCAUCAAUAAAAUAUUCACGGAACCCACGACCACGUCGUUCAACGUCAUGUCAAACGACGCGUUGGGAUCAUCAAUUAGGUUUAUUUCGCGUGAAUCGCAGCCCAAGUCCAAGUGCCCAUGAGAUAGCGCGUAAACAAUUGACAGCGGAAUUUAUGCGGUUCUCAAGAAAUCUUUACGACAAGGGAUCGCCAACUCACCCGCUGAAAAAAAGUCCAAGUGCACCGUCUUUGGUGAUGAAGAAAUCACCUUCUAAAAGAAAAGCCUCUAAGUUUUCUGGUUGUGCGCUUUUAAAUCCGGAAUUACUUCAAAGACACGCUUUGUCAGUUGACAAUCCACAAUACAGCCCUCCACGAGUCAGCAGAGAGAGUCUCGAGCACAAUAAAAUGAAUGGCAGUCAAGUUUCAAUGGCUAUGGAUCUUUACAUCCCUAACAAAGGACCUGUUACGCUCAAAGUUAAAGACAGAUCAGAUACUGCUAGACGACAUCAGUUAUUACGGCAAACUAAAAUUGAGGAUCUCGAUGAAGAAGAAGCCAAGCGAAUUCUCGCAAGAAGAAAACAACAUUCUGCUUACCCGCUGGGUGCAUGCACGAAAUUACCCGUGGACCUGAUUAUGUCACGUAAAAGAGCCUCGAUAGAUGUGCGAUUAACCGACGAGCAUGGAACAACUGGCUUACUAAGUCGUGGCAACACUUCGCCCCGGGACUUUCGAAAGUCAUCCUCGUCUAACUUUCGAAAUAUGUCCUUUGACAGGACGAGUGGAAGCGAACGCCGUCCCGAUCGGACAUUACGAAAAUCUAGUCUCGAUUUUAGAAAAAGUCCUGAUUUUCGGAGAUUUGAUGUUAGGUUUGUUUCAAAUAAUAUUUACUUGUUAAAAUAUACAGGAAAAAAAUUCCAACAUUUUAUUGAAGAACUUGAUCAACGAGAAAGAUCAAAUACAACAGACAGUAUUCGACAGCGACAAAAAUUAUAUCAUUCAAGAUCCGAUGAUAAUAGACGUACAUCAUUCGAUCGAAAUCGCCGUGAUUCACAAAUCAGCCGUCAUUCAUUAAAUGUACCUAUUGUCGUUGAAGGCUGUAGUCCAGAAUACGAGCUCAAGUAUUAUGACACGAAUUCUUUUGACAAAGACGAAAUAGGUUCAACUGUUUCCGACAAUAGUCAUGGUACUGAUGUCAAAGAAAAUCAAAAUGACUGUUUCGCUCCGGACAAUCGUAUUGUCGAUAAUUUCCUGUAA